CUGAGGCGUGCGGGAGCAGCAUCCUGAAGCGCGAGACCAUGAGGCCCUCGAGCCGCGUGCCCCUGAUGGUGCUGUGCGAGAGCCACCGCGCCAGGAUGGUCAAGCACCAGUGCUGCCCCGGCUGCGGGCACUUCUGCACCGCUGGCACAUUCCUGGAGUGCCACCCAGACGUGCGCAUCGGGCACCGUUUCCACCGCUCGUGCGUCUCCCGCCUCGGGGGUCUCAUUUUCUGUCCCCACUGCGGCGAGGACGCGUCCGAGGCCCAGGAGGUGACGCUGCCCCGCCCCGAGGGGGCCCCGGGCUCGGCCGAGCCGCCCCCGCCCCCGCUGCUGGCCACGCCCCCCGGCAGGAACGAGGCGGCCACGCCCAGUGCCCGUAUGCGGGGCCAGGGCGAGGGCCGGGCGCCCCCCCAGGACCCCCAGGCCGAGCCCAUCGACAGCUCCGGGGGCCCCGCCCUGGCCCUGCCCUCGGGGGGGGCCCUGAGCGCCCGGGGGCUCCCCCCAGGCCCCGCCCGAGAGCACCUGGAGAAGGCCCUGCUGGGCCAGGAGGCCGAAAGGAGGAAGAAGCUCCGUUUCCACCCCCGGCAGCUUUACCUGAGCGUCAAACAGGGGGAGCUGGGCCGGGUCAUCCUCAUGCUCUUGGACAACCUGGACCCCAAUUUCCAGAGCGACGCUCAGAGCAAGCGCUCGGCGCUGCACGCGGCCGCCCAGAAGGGACACCUGGAGAUUUGUCACCUCCUGCUGCAGGCCGGUGCCAACAUCAACGCCGUGGACAAGCAGCGCCGGACGCCGCUGAUGGAGGCCGUGAUACACACACACACAGAGACGGCGCGGUACCUGCUGGGCAGGGGGGGGUGUGCCUAUAGCCAGGAGGAGGACGGCUCCACCUGCCUGCACCACGCGGCCAAAAACGGAAACCUGGAGAUGGUGGAGCUGCUGCUGAGCACCGGCCAGGUGGACGUCAACGCACAGGACAGCGGGGGCUGGACCCCCAUCAUUUGGGCGGCCGAGCACAAACACAUCGAGGUCAUCCGGCGGCUGCUGACCCGCGGGGCCGACGUCACCCUGACCGACAACGAGGAGAACAUCUGCCUGCACUGGGCGUCGUUCACGGGCAGCGCCGAGAUCGCCGAGGUGCUGCUGAACGCGCAGUGCGACCUGCACGCGGUCAACUUCCAUGGGGACACGCCCCUGCACAUCGCAGCCAGGGAGAGCUACCAUGACUGUGUCAGCCUGUUCCUGUCGCGCGGGGGCGGACCCGGAGGUGCGGAACAAGGAGGGCGAUUCCCCCUGGACCUGACCCCGGAGCGCUCCGAGGUUUGGGUGGCGCUGCAGCUCAACCGGAAACUGCGCCUGGGGGCGGCGGGCCGGGCCCUGCACACCGAGCGCAUCGUCAGCAGGGACGUGGCCAGGGCCACGAGAACGUCCCCAUCCCGUGCUGUGAACGGUGUGGACGAGGAGCCCUGUCAGGACUACAAAUACAUCGCGGAGAACUGCGAGACCUCCACCAUGAACAUCGACCACAACAUCACCCACCUGCAGCACUGCACCUGCCAGGACGAUUGCUCCUCCUCCAACUGCCUCUGUGGGCAGCUCAGCAUCCGCUGCUGGUACGACAAGGACGGGCGGCUGCUGCAGGAGUUCAAUAAAAUCGAGCCCCCCCUGAUCUUCGAGUGCAACCAGGCCUGCACCUGCUGGAGGAGCUGCAAGAACCGCGUGGUGCAGAGCGGCAUCAAGGUGCGGCUCCAGCUCUACCGCACGGCCAAGAUGGGCUGGGGGGUGCGGGCGCUGCAGGCGAUUCCCCCCGGGACCUUCAUCUGCGAGUACGUGGGGGAGCUGAUCUCAGACGCUGAGGCCGACGUGAGGGAGGACGAUUCCUACCUGUUCGACCUGGACAACAAGGACGGCGAGGUUUACUGCAUCGACGCCCGUUACUAUGGCAACGUCAGCCGCUUCAUCAACCACCUGUGCGACCCCAACAUCAUCCCCGUGAGGGUGUUCAUGUUACACCAGGACCUGCGCUUCCCCCGCAUCGCCUUCUUCAGCAGCCGCCACAUCCGGCCCGGAGAGGAGCUGGGGUUUGACUGGGAUCGGUUCUGGGACAUCAAGAGCAAAUAUUUCCCGUGCCAGUGCGGCUCCGAGAAGUGCAAACACUCGGCCGAGGCGGGCGGGGGGCGCGGGGACCCCCCCGAGAUGCUGCCCCCCGCUGCUGGCCCUGCCCCCGCCCUGAAAAAACCCAAAAUCACCAGAAAAAAUCGCGAAAAAUCGCUAAAAAAUCACCAGAAAAAUCCCGGAAAAAAUCCGAGAAAAAUCCCCAAAAAAA